AUGGUGUUCCGUGGAGCAGCCUUGCUGCUGCUGCUGCUGUCUCUUAUCACCAUUGCCCUUUGCGCCGAGGACUACUACAACCUCCUCGGCAUCGACAAGCAGGCAUCGGAUCGUGAGAUCAAGUCUGCAUACCGCAAGCUCAGCAAGAAGUACCACCCGGACAAGAACCCUGGCGAUGAGACGGCAAAAGAGAAAUUCGUCGAAGUAUCCGAGGCGUACGAGGCCUUGAUCGACCCCGAGCAGCGCCGCAUCUACGACCGCUACGGCCUCGACGGUCUCAAGCAGCACCAGCAGCAGGGCGGCGGUGGCCAGCACCACGACCCCUUUGACGUCUUCUCGCGCUUCUUCGGCGGCGGCGGCCACUAUGGGCACCAGCCCGGCGUGCGCACGGGGCCCGACGUCAACGUCAAGGUCGGCAUCGCCCUGCGCGACUUCUACAACGGCCGCACCACCGAGUUCCAGUGGGACAAGCAGCACAUCUGCGAGGACUGCGAGGGCACCGGCUCGGCCGACGGCACCGUCGACACGUGCCAGCACUGCCAGGGCCGCGGCAUCCGCAUCGUCAAGCACCAGCUCGCCCCCGGCAUGUACCAGCAGGUCCAGAUGCAGUGCGACGCCUGCGGCGGCCGCGGCAAGUCCAUCCGCCACAAGUGCCCGACCUGCAACGGCGCCCGCGUCGAGCGCAAGCCCACGACCGUCCAGAUCAAGAUCGACCCCGGCGCCGCCCGCGACUCGCAGAUUGUCUACGAGAACGAGGCCGACGCGAGCCCCGACUUUGUCGCCGGCAACCUCGUCGUCACCCUCGCCGAGAAGGAGCCCGAGCUCGAAGGCACCGACAACCCUGACCGCGUGGACGGUGUCUUCUUCCGCCGCAAGGGCGACGACCUCUACUGGCGUGAGGUGCUGUCGCUGCGCGAGGCCUGGAUGGGUGACUGGACCCGCAACCUCACACAUAUGGAUGGCCACAUUGUCCGCCUCGGCAGGGCGAGGGGCGAGGUUGUCCAGCCCAACUUUGUAGAGACGGUGAAGGACGAGGGCAUGCCCAAGUGGCACGAAGACAUUGACAGCGUGUACCACCAAAAGGAGUUCGGCAACCUCUAUGUCGAGUACGUCAUCGUGCUACCCGACCAGAUGGAGAGCGGCAUGGAGAAGGAGUUUUGGAGCGUCUGGCAAAAGUGGCGGGGCAAGAUUGGCGUCGACCUGCACCAGGACAGUGGGCGUCCAGAGAAGCCUACCGUCCAUGACGAGUUAUGA